CAUGUUUCUCAAGAUAAGAGAUGGUAUAUUAUCUCCAUGGAUUGUUAAUGGUUUUAACUCGAUUGGUGUUGGAUUUGUUUGCUCAUGUAAGGGUUCAGUUUCGGAAUGGAAGUUCUGUAAUAGAGAUCGAGGUGGAAAUCUGGCGCAUCUCUUGGGGAUCUUGCGGCUCUUGCACAGAAUGGCUUAUUUUUGGCAUGCGAUGUUAUCGCGGACAUGGAAAAUCACGGUGAUUGCUGGUUUGAUUGUCUCCAAGGAUUCCCGGUAUCUGUUUUGGCUGAUUUGGGGAGAUUUGAUUGAAAGCAAUGGUGGAUUAAGGAAGGCUCUUAUGAGGAAUCAGAUUGGCAAAUCAGGAAUCUCUUUGGUCUACGAGGGCUAUAAAUUGGUCCGUUCUAGUGCUUUGUUCUUCCACACUUCAACUUUGCCUUUCUUCUUCACAUUCGCUUCUUCUUCUCCCUUGAAUUUUUACGAGGAGGGAAUCCGGGUGGUGCAGGAAGUGAUUACAGAGGAUACUAAUGCUUUUCUAACAGCGCAUGUCAUAGAAAAAGAGAUCCAUGAUGCCUUUUUUAUGAUGCAUCUAGAAAAACCUCCAGAUCCGGAUGGCAUGAACGCCCUAUUUUCUCAGAAAGCGUGGAAGGUCAUCAAGGAGGAUCGGGUUCCAUUGGUUACAAAGUUUUUUCAGGAAGGUUGUUAUGAUAAACGGCUAAAUCAGACAAACAUUUGUCUUAUCCCGAAGGUGGAGAGACCUUCAGGGAUGGCAGAGUUGCGACCCAUUAGAUUGUGCAAUGUGGGUUACAAAGUCAUUUCAAAAUUUCUUUGUCAACGACUUAAAACGAUUCUUCCAAGCCUCAUCUCGGAGACAUAGACUGUUUUUUUGGUAGGGGGGAUGAUUUCGGAUAAUAUCCAGGUGGCUCAAGAAAUGUUUCACAGUCUACGGACAAACACUUCUUAUAAGAGUAAGUUUCUGGCCAUUAAAAUGGAUAUUAGUAAGGCUUAUGACAGGGUCGAAUGGGUUCUCUGAGAAAUGAAUUUCAUGGAUUAUAUAUUGUAUGUCUCCGUGUGUUGAUUAAUGGUCAACCUAAAGGAUUAAUCAGCAUGCGGGCGAGGACGACGACAAGGAAACUCUUUAUCCCCGUAUUUGUUUAUCCUUUGUACAAAAUUUUUAAUCUCAAACAUUCGAAAGGCGGAACAAGCUAAGCUGA